UUACACAAAUUUAAACAAUUUGAGUUCAUUUACUAUGCGAAAAUAAUUACUUAUUAAAACUAAAUCAUUUGAUAUUAUACUUAAUAGAAACACCAAGAGGAAGAUAUGGCUAAAAGAAAUCCUGAGCGACUAGAAGUAACAAAAAUCCGCUAUUCAAGAGAUGUUAUCGAUGAAAAAUUUGAUAAUGGGAAGAAAAUGAGUGAUGUUCUGAGUGAUCUUAGGACAGGACUUUUAGAUUUAGAUACAUUGCCAAAAAUAACAGUUGUCAGGAAAGGUAAAUUAUUCUUUACACUUGACAACCGGCGACUAUGGAUGUUUAAACAAUACGCUAAAUUCUUACAAGAAAACAGGAGUGAGAUUUUACAAGUACCUGUUAAAUUUGAGUCUUUGGCAAGGUUAGGCCCUUCUUGGCUGACAACGACGAGCGAAGGCGAGUUUAUUGAAGUUCAACAUAAUGGAUCAGCUAAAGCCCAUGUGAAUAUUCUGACUGUUAAGUUGUCCGAUAUACGUUACAGCAGCGAUUGUAUUACUGAAAAAAACAUGGAAAAGAAAUUCGACGCAAGGUUUGGUAAUAUCCACGAAACGGCCAAACUACCAGUGCUUAAAGUUGUCAAAAAACAAGAUAUUCUAUAUGCUCUAGACAAUGAACAAUUGUGGAUGCUUAAACAAUGGUAUGAAUCUAACUAUAUGGGUCCUGAGGGAAUACAAUCUAUGUCUCAUUCAAGUAAAAAUGACGACAUGAACCCUGAUGAAGGUGCAACAGGUAACAGUGAUUUACAGGAAGACAACUAUGUCGAUGUGUGUGAAGAUUUUACAAUAAAGGUAGAACUACGACCAUAUAAGGAUCUUCCGGAACACUUUAGCACAUUAGAUGGUGGAACAAAUAUUGAAUUUCGGAAUAGACAAACAAAACAUAGAGUGCUAAAAUAUAAGGCACUCACAAGACAAGAGGCGAGACAAGAUAAGAAAGAUUUAAUAAAAUAUUGCAGAUCUUACGAGAAGCAACCAAAAGGCACAUUUAAGUUCUUUCGGAAACUGAAGAAACCUAAUCCUGAUAAUUAAUUAAAUCCAAAUUUAAUCUAACUGAGUUAAACGUAUAACGGAAAACAUAUAUAUUUCAGUAGGUAUUUGUAUUGUUUUGAUAUGUUCUUUGUCUCACUGAUGGCAUGUGCAUAAAAAGUAACAUGUUGACGGUUUAUGUUUUAGAGAAUUAUUUUUGCAUCUUUUUAUGUUUAUUUUAAUUGCUAGAAACUCGUAUUUAUCGCCAAGAUUUGCAUUUGUAUACAAUUUCUGAAGCAAAUCGGACAUGAAACACAAAUUGUAGCCCCGAAUUUUUGUUGGUAUAUUUAGUCGAAGAGCCGAUGUCUUUUGUUUCAUUCUCUUUGCUUUGAUCUAAUACAUUGGUACACUUGUCGAAUAUUUUACCUUGAUAUUUUAUGACAAAAAAGGCAAAACAUCAUAGAGGUUAUCCCCCGUUUCUUUUGAUUUUAAUUGUUUUCCUUAAUCAAACAAUUGUUCGACUUUAAUCAUUUCUUUUUAACAUGAUAUAAGGCGUGUACAACGUUAUAAUUUAGCAAGUUGUUUGUGCUGCUUCUUAACCCUGAACAUGCUGAAUAUCUUAAAUGGACUUGUCCCACUUCCAUUUUUGGGACUGUCCAUUAUCAAUUUUAGGGAUAUCAAUUUGAAUAUUGAAAAUGUGUCAGCCAACAGUAUAGAGCCUGGUCAGACUGCACGGAUGUGCAGGCUGGCCUGGAUCUAUACUGGUGGCAAAGGCGUAACAUUUUCGGUUCCAGCACUUUAAGGGUUAAACAUCAUGUAGCAAGGAAAUGAUUUCAAAAUUGAGAGUGAAGAUCAUUUAGCCGAGACCAAUGUUUAAACUUUCAAAUUCAACAGUUUUGCAGUUGUGAACAUUUCUCACAAAUGUCAACCAGAAAUACAGAGAUUUGUUUCGAAAUGGUCAAAAUUGUUUCACGACAAGCACAUAAUAAACGUUUACAAUCUUAAACUAUUACACGUA